AUACAAAAAUCUAUGAGAGAAAAGCCAUCACAAAAAUGAAGGAAAGACAUUUCUUCAGUAAAUCGUUCGAUGUUUUAAGCCCUUUGAUGGUUUUAUGCUCAAUUUUUGGAGUUUGUCCUCCGGUUUACCCAAAAAAUGGACCCAAACAAAAUUUCGAGUUAUUCUACAAGAUUUUUAGUGGAUUUUGUGUGCUGGGGUGGAUUGGUGCGGCUAUUGGAGUGUUAUUUUUGAAGUACGAACUGAAAAGUACCGUACCUUACUCUGUACUGGUGUCUGAUUAUUUUGUUCAUUGUGGAUUAACACUUGUAUGCGUCACAAUGAUCAUCAGUUUGGUUUUAGGGUUCACCAAAGGGACAAAAUUGAAGAAGAUAUUUUGGUUGCUCCAAAACAUCGACGACAAACUUGGAUACGAUAUCAAAUCAUUCAAACCCAAAAUAUACUUUGGAAUUGUCUUCUACCUCACUCUAAUGGUAGUUUACGUCAUAUAUGAUGCAUUUACUUGGAUCACAUUCAUUGGGCUUGACUGGUACUUACUCUACAUCCCCAAGAGCCUUCACAUUUGCCAACUAUGCCUGGCUCUACUCCUUCCGAUGACAGUACUGAAAUUCAUCCAUAUCCGCAUCAAACUUUUCAACACGACUCUGAAGUUCUACGGAAAAACCAACAUGAAAGAACUCCAAGUCCAAAUAAAAGACAUGAAGAAACUACAUAGUAACCUGUACGAGUUGGUCAUCACAUUUAACAAGGUCUUUGGUACUGUCUGCUUUGUAGGUACCAUCAUGGUGGUUGGAUUGAUAAUACACUACGUACUGAUGCUGUUGGUGUAUUUUGAAUUUCAAAGUGAAUUGGUUGGGUUGAAAAAGAACUAUGUCUUGGCCCAGUGUAUUACAGGAAUCGUACUACCUUUUAUGUUAAUCAUGUCAGUGGCUACAAGUGGUGACAGUGUCUCACACGAAGCUUCAAAAACCUGUCAUAUAUGUCUGUCAUUAAUGAAUAGACUACAGUGGGAUCAAAACAAGAACCUCACAGAAGACUUACGUGAGUUAGCGUUGCAAUGUUCAUUCAGAAAGACCGCGAUCACAGCCAAAAGGUUCUUUUCUGUGAAUCACAGUAUGCUAGGAUAUGUUGUAUCAUCUAUAAUAGCUUAUCUCAUUGUUAUAGUUCAGUUUUUGUCUAGAAGUGAUAGCCAAAAUAGUACAUCAUAGCUGUGAAUAAUAAUAAGAAUGUUUUGUUGUUAUAGAAUAAGAAUAAUUUAGUUUUGUUAAUAAAUAAUUUAUUAAUAUAUUUUUUUAAUAA